UGUGUCGCUACGCUAGGUAGCUCUGGCAAGCGGACGCGCGCACGGCGUCGCUGUUACUCAUACGUUGUCUGACUUGUGUUCUCUGAGAGCCCUCGCUACCAGCCAGCACGGGCUUGCAACGGCGCGCGGCUGCGUGACGGCCUAGGAGCAGAGCUCUGUUCCAAGGCGGCAGCUCGCUGCAUCCGCGACGCCGUCGCCGCGCCGAAAAAACAGCGCUACCCCGUAACAGGCCGCAAAAAAAGUAACAUGUCAGCAGCACCAGGCACCGCGCGCGGCGGCGACCUCGCCAACCCUAGACAAGACGCGACGCUCAUGGUCGAGGGCGGCGCGGGCGAGAUGCGCGCGAUCACGCGCGCCGACACCUAUGAGAUCAAAGCGCCGCCGCCGCCGGACCCCGACGCGCAGCACCGCAUGUCUAUAAAAGCGCCGCAAGUCGUCAAGACCAUUGAGAGUCUGAGGAACAAGGGCGAGGGGCGGCGCUUUGAGCCCGACGUGACGCGGAACCCCUACGCGCCCAAGACCUGGGUGUCGUAUCUCGCGGCGACGCGCGACGACUUCUCCUUCGCUGAGAGGAGAUUGAUCUAUGAACGAGCCUUGCAGUUACUCCCGCGGUCGUAUAAGCUGUGGCGUUUGUACCUAGAUGAGGUCGAGGAGGCGGUGCGAGACCGAUGGCACACUUCAGGACGGGCCAAAGUAUUAGUAUUGUUAUACGAGCGCUGCCUCAUGCACCUGUCGAAGAUGCCGCGACUGUGGUUGGAGUAUGUUGAUGUACUAGAAAAAAUGAAAAAAGGCACGCAAUUGCGCCACGCGUUUGAUCGAGCUCUGCGAGCCUUACCGAUCACGCAGCACGACAAGGUCUGGCCGCGGUAUGUGCAGUGGGCCGAAUCAUGCGGUAUCCAACAAGUCGCGCUCAAUGCCCACACAAGAAGGUGCAUGUUCGAACCUCAGAGAAGAGAAGCCUUCUGCGACUAUUUAGUAGCACAAAACAAUCACGGUAAAGCAGCGGCAGAGCUCGCCAAGUGCCUCGAGGACAACGACUUCGUCUCACCGUCGGGCAAGAGCAAGCACCAGCUCUGGAUGCGGCUCUGUGAUUUGUGUGCGGCGCAUCCGGAAGAGCUACCGUCGUCGUUGGACGUCGAUCAGAUCAUCAGGAGCGGACUUAGUAGAUUCAGAGAUGAAGUGGGAAGACUAUGGUGCAAGCUCGCGGACUACUACAUUCGCCUGGGACGCUUCGAGGAGGCUCGGAACGUUUACGAGGAAGCUGUCACGACGGUAGUCACGGCUCGGGACUUUGGGUUGGUGUUUGACGCUUAUAGUAGGUUCGAGGAGUCGGUUCUCGAAGCAAAAAUGGCCAAGUUGGAAGAGGAACCGGAAGAAGAAGAGGCGGAGCGGAACGUCUAUGAACCGACGGCCCAGGAGGAGAUCGACUUUCGACUAGCUAGGCUCGAGCAUCUCAUGGAAAGAAGGCCUCUGUUACUCUCGUCAGUACUAUUGAGGCAGAACCCCCAUUCUGUAAGUGAGUGGCACGCUCGUGCUGACAUCUGUAAGGAUGACCCCGCGAAGGCUAUCGAGUGCUACAGUGACGCCGUGAAGACGGUAGACGUCUACAAAGCUACUGGUAAACCACAUACGCUGUGGACCGCAUUUGCUUCGUACUACGCUUCCCGAAAUGAUCUAGCCAAUGCGAGAGUUGUGUUAGAGCGAGCUGUAGAGCAAGAUUUCCGAACGGUCGACGACUUGGCUUCUAUUUACUGUUUCUGGGUCGAGAUGGAGCUCCAACGGGAGCAUCACGAGGAGGCCCUUGCGGUUGCGAGGAAAGCGGUCUUGGAGCCUCAACGACGGCGUAGGUUGCAUAAGGAGCAGAUUCCAGUGCAAGAAAAAGUUCAUCGGUCCUCAAAAUUAUGGUCCCUAUACCUCGACUUGGAAGAAUCAUUAGGCACACUCGACAGCGCACGGGCGGCCUACGACCGCUGUUUAGAAUUGAAAGUAGCGACGCCGCAAAUCGUGGCCAACUACGCGAGCAUGCUCGAGGAAAAAGAAUAUUACGAAGACGCCUUCGGCGCGUACGAGCGGGGCGUCGCACUUUUUCACUGGCCCCAUGUUAGGGAAUUGUGGUUCGGCUAUUUAACGGCGUUCCAUGCGCGGUAUGGCGGCACGAAAUUGGAGAGGUCUAGGGACUUGUACGAGCAGGCUCUCCGGAAGGCUCCUCCGUCUGAUGCUGCUACUUUAUUGGUUGAUUAUGCGAAGCUCGAGGAAGCCCACGGCUUGGGCAGACGGGCCAUGGCCGUCUACGAACGCGCAGCCCUCGCCGCGGACGAUGAAAGAGCGUUUGGCGCCUGGCGGCUUUAUGCGGCGAAAGUGGAACGGGCUUAUGGUGCUCCCAAAGCUAGGGGCGUGUAUGAACGGGCCGUCAAAGCGCUGAAUGUGGAUGAUGAUGCCAAAAAGAUGUGCCUGGCCUUCGCUUCUUUGGAGCGAGGCUUGGGGGAAGUCGACCGCGCACGAGCGAUUUUAGCACAUGGUGCGCAGUUCGCCGAUCCUAGGUUAGACGACCACUACUGGCAGACGUGGCGCGACUUCGAGGUGCAGCACGGCAACGAGGACACGUUCCGGGAGAUGUUGCGGGUGAAGCGGUCCGUCGAGACGGCUCGAAGUUCCGCAGUUUAUGUGGCGGACGGGUUACUCAAAACGGACGCCCCGCUCAUGUCCGACGCCGAAGCCGAGCGAAGGAUGGCCGGCGACCAGCCCGCGUCGAAGAAGCGGAGUGCGGACGAGGGCGGCGCCGCCGAGACCGAGAUGGCGGCGCUGGAACGGCAAGCGGCGCGCAUCGUCGAGGCCACUUCCCAGAAAGCGCCGGCGGCGGACCCGAACGAGAUCGACCUGGAUGACGACGAUUCGGACGACGACGGCGAGCAGGUGCUCUCGACGAAGCCCGUGCCGGCGGCGGUCUUCGGGAGCGCCGCGGCGCAGGCGGCGGAGAUGUCGGAGCCGCAGGGGGCGUUGGCUCGCUUCCAGAAGAAGGCGUCAUGAAUAAUCAACAAACUAGCUUA